AGCUAGCCAAGUUGUCGGUUGCGUUUUGUGUCCGUCAACGAACAACUAUGGACCCUUCGGAGGUCGAGUUCCUGGCCGAGAAAGAGUUGGUGAAGAUCAUUCCCAAUUUCAAUCUAGACAAGUUAUAUUUGAUCGGGGGGGACCUGGGGCCUUUUAAUCCCGGUUUGCCGCUGGAUGUCCCCGUGUGGCUGGCCCUCAACCUCAAACAGAGACAGAAAUGUAGAGUCGUUCCACCUGACUGGAUGGAUGUUGAGAAACUUGAGGAGAUGCGAGAGCUUGAGAGGAAAGCGGCCGCCUUCACACCUGUUCCCAGUCUGUACUACAUGGAGCUGACCAAACUGCUGCUCAACCAUGCGUCUGACAACAUCCCCAAAGCCGAUGAGAUCCGCACACUAGUCAAAGACAUCUGGGACACGCGUAUCGCUAAACUCCGACUCUCUGCAGACAGCUUCAUCAGUCAACAGGAAGCUCAUGCGAAGCUGGACAACCUGACUCUGAUGGAGAUCAACACCAUCCGGCGGUUCCUCCUCGGUUCGCUCAACUGCAUGUACAGGCUGCGCUCCAAUCUGCAGCCGGGAUCCAGUAAGGGACAGUUUGCGGAUUUUUGAGGGACGCACCUCGAUGCUCCAAUCGAUAACGACUCGAGGAGCGCCGGGAUAGUUGGACUUGUUUUUACUAUCAACGUCACUCUUAGGACUUUGACGAUGAUGUCCUUUCCACGUGUCUGGCACAGUACAUUCAGUUUAGGACCCGAUACAUGAAUAAUUGAAUGUUGCAUGACGUGUUCUAAAUAAAA